AUGCAGCUGAAAGAGUUUUCCGGCAAACGCCGGCCAGAGUUUGUGUUGGUCACCGGUGUUGGACUCAUAGUUACCGGUGCGCUAUUGGCCACAAUGUUUCCCACACUGUUGGGUGUAGGACUGGAUAUGAAUUUUAAGCUCACAGAAGGAAAGCAAGAAUUGCCAAUCCCUUUGAUAACCAAAGUAUAUCUGUUUGACAUACAAAACCCUGAGGCAUUUAGCAACGGUGCCGUCCCUGUGGUCAGAGAGAUGGGUCCCUAUGUUUAUAAGUCCGCCAAUUCCGAGAGGGUGAAAUACUACGAGACAAUGAAGUUUGUAUUCGACCCUGAGCUUAGCAACGGCAACCUUGAUGAUAAAAUCACUCUGGUCAAUGUACCUCUACUGCUCGAUCUGAUAUUCUCCAUAAUAAACUCGGCUGUGGAGAAGUUCCCAUUGACAGCCGUGGUGUCGCCCAUCGUGAACAACGUGGUCAACACAUUGCUGGUCACACAUAGGGAACGGUUUAUAGAGACCCGAACUGUGGGCGAAGUGCUGAACGGGCGCCGCAUAUCGCUGUUGGACACCAUAGACAUAGUGGCCAAACCCUUGCGGAUGAUAGGCCUGCCUAUACCCGAGUACGGCAUCUCGGCCUAUAAGCUGCGCGACAAUACCUACGGGUUUCUGGCCAUUAGGAAUAAUAGUAGGUUCGGUCCCUUUGAGACGUUGACCGGUGAGGGUGACCGACAAGAGUUUGAUAGGAUCGCCACUUAUCACGAUAAAAGUCGUCUCGGUAUAUACCGACACGAGUCGUGCGAUGCCCUCAACGGUACGGACGGCGCCUUUUUUGGUACAUUUGUGGACAACAAACGGCCGCUCUAUCUGUUUAACCUUCACGCGUGCCGAUCGUUUCGGUUGGAAUACUCGGGUGACACGACCCAAAACGGUGUGUCCGCCUAUCACUACGAGUUCCCGGACAACCUGUUUGACGGGCCGGCGUCCAGUCCGGACAACUGGUGCUUUUGCCCCAAAGGUGUGGCCAGUCAUCGCUGUCACGGAGUGCUAGACCUGUCCCAGUGUUUGGCCGGCAUCCCCUUUGCCAUGACAUACCCGCACUUUCUCAAUUCACCACGAUUUCUCACCAGUGUUCAAGGGCUGGCACCUGAUCGGCAAAAGCAUCUGGGGUAUUUUGAUAUUGAACCGACAUUGGGCAUAACUCUUAAAGGCAGCGGUCGUUUUCAAAUCAACCUUAAGCUCCGGCCGUUUAAUUUUGUGCCCGGUCUCAACAGCUUUAAACCCACCUUGUUGCCUUAUCUAUGGAUUGACGAG